AUGAUGACAGCAAUGUCGGUAACAGCUAGACCCCAGGACUCGGUGACUUUUGAGGAUGUAGCUGUGUACUUCACUGAGAAGGAGUGGUUCAGUCUGGCGCCUGCUCAGAAGGCCUUGUACAGGGAUGUGAUGCUGGAGAACUAUGAGUCUGUGGUCUUCCUAGCAUCCACUUCCCACAAACCAGCUCUGAUCUCUCAGCUGGAGCAAGGGAAGGAACCAUGCUUCUCUCAGCCACAGGGAGCCUUAAGCAGGAGGAACAGGAGAGCAGGCGCUAAAGGAUAUCUCCCGAAACUGAGACGAUUAGCCUACUUAACUAAAAUAAUAACACGUGCAAUAAAGUUGAAAUUUCCUCAGAAUCGCCAGUUCUGGGAAGAUCGAAGAAAGGGCUAA